CAACCUAAGCGAUUGAAGUAGGGGUACAUGGAUCGACCCGGGUGGAUAAUUAAAACUUACUUGCCAUAUGUUGCACCCCUCUAGAGUUUAAAAACUUGGGCUCUAGAGGGGGUUUCUAGUGUGGUAUUUUGUGUGAGUCAAUCUCCAAUUUUCAUUGACCACAUCAGUAGUGGAGCUCAUGGAUUUAUAGAAGAGGACUUGAUGUCAAUUUCCAUUGACUAGAAAAUAUUUCAAUCCCUAAACAACCAGUAAACUGGGUGAGUGUUCUGUCAAAAUGGCUUACUGUUGUGGCAAAAGUGAAAUGAAAGAGAAUUGAGAGAGUUUUACUUGGUAGUAAAUUGGGAGAGGUGUGGAAACUGCAUACCCCCUAUAGGUAAAGGUUUUUGCUUGGAAGUUGAUGCAUAACAUUCUGCCUAGGGGGCCAGAAUUGUGGAGAUGACUCAAAAGGUGGAAUGAAGAUGAUCCAUUAUGUGAUCUAAUAAGAAUAUAUUUUCUAGAUGGUGUGGCUAGGUAAGACGCAUUUGGAGGCUUAACCCAUUACAACUAUGUCCAUACAAGGUGAGAAUCUGACAUGCGAGGAAUGGUUUUGUGCCUUCCAGGAGACGAAAGAAAACAACAUGAUUGGGAAAUUUCUAGUCACACUCUAGUACAUCCGAGAUCAUAGGAACAACCAAUUUUGGGAUAAGAAGAAUUUAGAGGAACGUGAGAUCAUGGAAAGAUCGAGUGAGUGCAUGGAGCAUAAGAGAUUGACCUUUCCACCUUCGUUUGGAAGCAUAAACCCCGAAACCCAUCGACGAGCUCGCAUUUCAAAAUUAACGUGAUAGAGAAGGAUGAUUUAAAUUAGCGGUCGUUCAUCAGACUCACAUUCUGUAAGAAUCGGAAAUGGCAAAGGCUAUGGCAGUGAGCUUUGAAGUGGAAAUGACGAUCAAAUUUCAUUUUAUUACCUUUGUGAGGAAGUCAAAACGGAUUGCCACCGUAAAGCACCUAUUGCAUAGACAGGCACCCUCCUCUAUGGAGUUGGGCCAAGUGUGUGACGAAUCAAAGUGAAGGCCUUACGGAUGGGGCGUAUUGAGGGAAGUUUUGUGAGUUGGGAACAAACCAGCCAUACAAUGACCCAUGUUAAAUGUAAAUAGGAGGUUGAGCAUAUUUGGAUGAAUAGACCACCAAUUUUGUUAAAGUCAUUAUCAUCUCUACUAUCAAUUCUCUCUGCCCUAUGGGUAAUCGUCAGUCAUGGGCAUGACAAGGUGUUCUGAAAGGCAGGGAGCUACUUAGAAAAGGCCUCCGAUGACAGGUGGGUUGCGGGACUGCAGUAAGUAUUCUUCAUGCCUACUGGUUGCCUACCUCGCCUCCGUCUUCCCCUUCACUUUUACCAGGUGUUGUUCUCUCCAACCCUUUUGUAGCUUCCUUAAUUCAUCCCUUGUCUCAUUCAUGGAAUGUGUAGUUGAUUCGAUCUACUUUCCAGUCGGUGAGUGUGACUUGGAUUCUCUCAAUUCCACUUCCUUCUAACCCUCUUCCUGAUAGGUUGAUCUGGCACUACUCUCCUUCCGAUCAAUAUACAGUCAAGUGCGGCUACCAUCUUCUCUCGUCUGAGCGAGAUAAUAUGUUUGGGAACCUCCCGCCGCAACUGGAUAUGAAGUUCUAAAAGUGUCUUUAAAGUUUACCAAUCCCCGCGAAAUUAAAGUUGUUCCUUUGGAGGUUUGUCACAGCUUCUUGCUACUGUGUGCGAUCCUCCAAGCAAAGUCCUUGUUCCCAACUCGUACUUGUCCGGUUUUCUCGAAAACUGAUGAAACCAUUUCACAUUGUUUUCUUGACUGCAGGAUUGCAAGGGCGGUAUGGAUGGCAGCUGGGAAGAAUUGAUUGUGCCAAACUUCAAGCCUAAUCCCUCCUGAUUUCUUAUGGCCUCGUAUCUUUUUCUCUUUACAGAUGUUUAAGUCUCAAAUUGCGGAGAUAGUAUUCAGUGCCUGGCGGUUGUAGAAAGGCAGAUGUUGGUCUGUUUAUGAUCAUAUUCAAUACCUUCCACCAGCCCUGUUUUGCCAGUUUCAGAAUCAAAUGGCGAAUGCAAGCUGCUUCCAAUUCUUCCGCUCAUCGUACACUUCAACCACAACGUGCUUCCACUCUCACAGUGCCUCCAACAAGUCCUUUAGGUGGUCUGCUAAUGCGAUUUGAUGGAGUAGUCCGGAUGAAUGAUGUAGGCAGCAUUGGUUUUGUGGGUUUCACUGCAAAAUAUGCCUUAGUAUGCGCUUAUGGUAAAAUGUACCCAGGUUUGGAAUAGCAUUUCCUUCUUGAAUUUUUAGCUAUUAGGGACGCUAUGAGCUGGUGCUUAAGCCAUGGAGGUAAUGAUGUUUGCUUUUGUGGAGAUUCUGUUGGUUAUCAGGCAAGCUAAGAAGAACGAGAUUCAACAUGACAGAGGAGGAGCGAUACUAUAAGAAAUUCUUCUCAUGAAGACCUCUUUUUCUUUUGUGCAAUUUGUCUAUGCUCAGUGUAGUACUGACAGGGCUGCCCAUUGUGCGGCAAAAAUGCCCUUGCAUCGGCAGAUCAACACUUGGUUGACUGUCGGUUCUUACUUUCAAACCUCUUGUAAUUUUCUAUCUACUGACUAUCUAUCUAUAGCAAAAAAAAAAAAAUGCAUUGUCAAGAGUGUUUUGAUCAAUAAACCGAUGAACCAAACCGAACCAACCAACCAAAUAAAUCAACCAACCAACCAACUCCCGGUUAAUGAAAAAAAAAUGCAGAGUCGCCAAACAGGCAGACACACACACUCUCUUCCUGAUUCAACAGCUCGCAGCACGAACUUCGUUUUUAUCGUCCCUUUCCGCCAUAAUUCUUCCGGAGCUUCCAAAGCACUUGAAGCCAUAGAAAUCCCCUUCCACAGCUCCUAUAAACCCCGAAGCUCUACAUCAUCGUUCCUCUGGCUACUCUCAUCGCUUCGCAUUCUUCUUCGAUUGUUAGGAGGAACUUCGGCGGAGCUCUCAUGGCUGCUAUUGCGGGAUCCAGUGCCGUCGCCCUCAAAUCCGCCGGAACCUCCGCAGAUUUCCGAAGCUCCUCCGGUGAAAGGAGCAUCGGCCAGUUCCGUCCGGUUUCCGGCCAAGUCAGCAGCAACCUCCACGCUGGUCGCGCUAGCCUCCAGUGCAGAUCGCGAAGUUCCGUCGCAUCUUCUGGCGUGAGAGCUCAGGUUGCUACUGCGGAACAAGCGAGCACGGAGGCGGUUCAGAAGGUGGAGUCGCCUGUAGUUAUAGUGACUGGAGCGUCGAGGGGCAUCGGCAAAUCAAUUGCAUUGUCCUUGGGGAAAGCAGGUUGCAAGGUUUUGGUAAACUAUGCAAGAUCGUCUAAGGAGGCAGAAGAAGUCUCCAAAGAGAUUGAGGCUUACGGUGGUCAGGCUGUUACCUUUGGUGGGGAUGUCUCUAAGGAAGAGGACGUGGCAGCAAUGAUGAAAACUGCCAUUGAUGCAUUUGGAACAGUUGACAUACUGAUAAACAAUGCAGGGAUCACGAGGGAUACUUUGUUGAUGAGAAUGAAGAAAUCACAGUGGCAGGAUGUUAUUGACCUCAAUCUUACCGGUGUCUUCCUUUGCACACAGGCAGCAGCCAAGAUCAUGAUGAAGAAGAGAAAGGGAAGGAUUAUCAAUAUUGCUUCUGUGGUUGGUUUGGUUGGCAAUGCUGGGCAAGCAAACUACAGUGCUGCCAAGGCUGGAGUUAUUGGCUUUACAAAGACUGUUGCAAAGGAAUAUGCCAGCAGAAAUAUUAAUGUCAAUGCAGUUGCUCCAGGGUUCAUUGCAUCCGACAUGACUGCCAAGCUCGGUGAUGAUAUUGAAAAGAAAAUAUUGGAGGGGAUUCCUCUAGGGAGGUAUGGCCAGCCAGAAGAGGUAGCUGGAUUGGUGGAAUUCUUGGCUCUGAACCCAGCGGCCACUUACAUCACUGGACAGGUGUUUACUAUUGAUGGAGGCAUGGUUAUGUAAGUGAAUAGGAGGAGGACAGGCUCCCUCUCCCCUUUCCAAUCCCGACGGUGCAGCUACCAAGUUCAGAUACGUGACCCUUCGAUUCGUGCUUCUAUUUCCUUUUAACUUAGGUUAUAUCCUAUGAUUAGUUUAGUUAAUAAAGCCGAAUGCUCCCUUUCCUCAGUUUUCCGAUCGAGUUCCAUUCAUAGUGUCUCGCUGCAUGUACUUUACGUGUAAUCUAAGGACGAACAUUCAAGAAGCCGAUGAACUUCAAUUUGGUUAUCGAGAGACACUUGCAAUUGAGCUUUUUUGUUGUAUGAUGAAAACGAGUCAUUUUCUGUGCUGGUGUGUUAUCUCAUGUCAUGUACAUUGGAAAAUGCAGUUUUCGUGAUAGGUAUAAGUAGUGUGUGAGAUGAGAUCAUAUAUAGUAGGGGGUAUAAAUUCAUCAAUCUUUUGCGUGUGGUGGAGAAAUUGGUCUGAAUAGGAAGCAUUUUCCCGGCACAAUAAAAUGGAAUAUGCAGCCUGGCUGGCAAACACAUCCGAAUAUCCGACACGGCAUAAAAGCAUAAUAACGUACCAUAACAGAACUCGCAAGCAGGGAAGAAGUCGUUAAUUCUUAUCUUCUACUUUGCUUCUCGGCUUGGUUAGUGAUUUGCUUGCACCCUUAACCUAUCUAAACAUAAUUCCAGUCACAUCUUGUUAGAAAGGAUUUGGAAAUCGAUAGUGUAAGAAAGUAAAGAACACAUAAAUUUAUGUGGUUUACUAGCUAAUUCAUAUCCAUGAGGAAUGACUUGCUAGUUUCAUUGUACUUGAGUGGAUACUAAUUAAUAGAUUGAAAAGGAAUAUAUAGUCCCUUCUUCAGACGGUCUAACUUAAUCCAACCUCGAAAAGAAAAAGGCUACAAACCUCGUAACUUCCGGUCGAUGACAAAUUUUAUGUUUUCAAAUCAUAGCAACAUAUCUUCUUCUAAAUUGGUAGAUGUACUAGUAUGGAAUAUUUCACUAUUUGACGAGAUAUUAAGUAAAAUUUACAUAAUUUU